AUGCAGUCCCCACAGCAUAUUGAGGAACAGGCUAUCUUACUCCUGGACCUCCCUUCAGAAAUUCAUAUGCAAAUCGCUUCGCUCCUGUCAUACCCAGAUGCCCUGGCUUUAAAACAUACCUCCCGCCAUUUCUACUCUAUGGUGUACACAGGAGUGCACCUGAAGGUUGAUUGGCUCGUCGAGCGAUUUGAGCACAAGCUCGAAUGUCCCAUGGAAAAAUGUUCAUUCCGCACAGAUGAAGCCUUCUGCAAUGGUAGGGUCCGUCGCAUUAUGGAGCGUCGGCGAUGGCAUCUUGAAUGUCGUUCUGUGCCCGGCGGUUGCUGGGUCGUCGAGGGUCAAACAUGCCAAAAAGAUCUGGUAUCAUCUUGGAUGAAACUGUAUCGAACGCAAGAUAAGAUUGAACGAAUGGGGGGUUUUAUAUGUGAAGGUCAGUGA